AGGCUAUUGUGAAGGAUGUGUGGCUGCACUGCAAGCACUCAGAACUCAAAACUAUAUUCCGUAAAUCAACCUGGUUCUGCUUCGACCCAAAAAACAACUUCCGCUGCCGCAAACAUGCCCAAACGCACACCUAUAUCCAAGCAGCUGGCUUCUGUGAAAGCUCUAGGGAAAGGCUCAGACCUGGAGAAAGCAUUUGCUACUGUGGCCUUGGUUUACAACAACUCUGCUGAUCCCGAGGGCAAACUCAGCAAAGCUGAAACCAAAACCCUGCUGCAAACCCAGUUUAUGAAUUUCAUACAGGGCCAAGAAAGCAAACCAAAAUACCAGGAAAUCAUUUCUGCCCUUGACGAGGAUAAAGAUGACAAAAUUGAUUUUGAAGAUUUCAUGAUCUUGCUCCUCAGCCUCGCUCUGAUGUCAGACCUCCUGCAGGAGAUCAGAAAUGUCAGCACCACGAAAUGAGCCGUUCUCCCCGCAGAGACUGAAAAGAAGAGCUGUGUACAUAAGGGAAGGAGCAGCCAGGAAUGGGAAAACAGGAAUAAAUGGCAAA